AUGUCGUCACGAAGACAGUUUCUCAUGAGUAUUAUAUCAAAAAUAGAGGCUUCAAAAGUAAGUAAAGAAGAUAUGAAAAGAGAAAUCGAAGAGAAAAAUGAAUAUAUGAAACGAAAAACCGUAGAAGCAAAAGAAGAUGAAUAUGAAGAUAUGAAGGUUCUGAGUAAUCCAAAAGACCUUCUUCAAGCUCAGAUCCGCAUCAGACGAGAGCUACGAUUAUCCUAUUUCGAAAUACAGAAAACCAAUCGCCCCAAUCCUCCCAGACCCAAUCAAAAUAAUCAACCCAUUAGAAGACCAAACUUUCAACCACCUAGAUGCACCUUUUGUGGACGCAUUGGCCACUCAAAUAACGAAUGUCGCUCUAGACAAAAUUCCCAAAAUAAUUCCCAGAAUUUUAACGAUACUCGAAAUUUCAGUAGCUAUCAAAACUUCAAUAAUGCCCAAAAUAAUGGCUUUCAGAGGCAAAACUUCAGCCCGAAUAAUAACUAUCAAAACGCUAGAUCUAACGACCAACAAAGACCUCAACUCAAUCAAAAUAACUCACAAAUACGCCCUUCUGUAAUUCAUAAGAACCCAAAUUUUUCGAACGAUAGACAGAGAGCUCAUUUCGUUAACUACGAACAUGACUAUGUUCAUGAUUAUACCCCAGUUCCAAUUGAAAACUAUCAUUACGAAGAUUUCUCCGAUAAUAAUUAUUAUUCACCUACUGAUUAUUACAAUUCAUUCGAUGAACAGACCGAUUUAAUUGAUAGCCAAGACUAUCAGGAUUUUCUCACAGUUCCAAAUCAGAACCACCCACCAGACAAUGUCAUUUCAAUGAAGGAACCUUUGUCUCAAAUACAAAAUCAGAUCCAAACUCUAAAUUCGGACGACAUAAACCCGUCUCUGAAUUUUCCAGAUCAGGAAUUUCUGUGA